UCAUGAUUGACCGAAGCGAGACCCACAUCCAUAUCCAUAAUUAUUUGUUGUUAAUAUUAGCGGGCCAGUUAUAUCAGCUCAUGCCUCUCAUUGUAGUGUUUACCAUGAUCACAGCCUAGUAAAACCAUACUUUACGUGGAAUGGCUGGAAGUAUCAUACUAGACGCCCCAGACAUUGCACUGUAUAUCCCGAGAUCGCGCCUACUCCUGUAGCACAGCAUCUCUCACAGCUGUGGCUCUACUGUUGCUCUCUCAUGAUGCUAGAAAAGUCACCUCAGAUACCAGAAUAUGUGGAAAGGUAUUAUAUAACGUUUUCCCAGGGAGAAUCUACAUUGGCUGUUUGUGUUGUGCGUUCUAGGUACCUAGGCCAUGGCAUGCAUGCAAUCUACCUUGAUAUAUUCCCUUUUUCUAUCGCCCUGCUAAUCACUGUUAAGUUCGGCAUAACAAACUCUGCCUCGAGCAAGGUGCUUACUGCAUAACAAAGACUGUCAGUCUCUCUACCCUUUCCCCCUGUUUCCUCUAUCAGCAUAUAGUAAUCUGUCGGUCUUAUCACUGCCAAAGCAGUAUAUCGG